AUGGACAGCAAUGUAAGAUCAAAUUAUGCAAAGUAAGAGUCCUGUAAGCAGUUGGCAACUUCUAAGGUCAGCCUCAAGAACUCUUUUGUCCACCAAUGUCACACACACAAAGGUGCAUAACCAAAAUGUCAGCAGAGAAAAGCUAUCCUGAUAACCUUUGGCUGAAAUCAUAUGCAUACUUUCAAGAGAUUUGGGGUUGGACAGGAGAGGAUUAAUGGAUCCAGGAGACUGCCUUAACAGUCGGAGGUGGAGGUAGGUGCUCAGGGAGCGUCCCAGGGGGGUGCUGCCCACGGCGAGCAUCCCAGGGCGGUGGCACAGUAAUGUCACCCCCCUCAGGGAUGACACCUGGGGUGGGCCGCACCCAACACCCCCCCAUUUCUCCCCAUUGUUAACAGUCCUCGCAAUGUUGCCAAGUAUCUCCUUUGCUAGGGAACUAACAGGUAAAUGGCCCACAACAGACUGUUCUGGAAGCUUGAAAGCCAUCUCUAUCAAGUCCCUAGCCUGGGCGAUGGGGCAAGAUGUCUGUAAAGGAGAAUGAUAGGUUGCCAUUUGAGUCAGGCUGAGAAGAAAAGAGAGCUGAGCUCUAAACUCUGUAAACUAACAGCCUCUGGGGUGCCUGCUGUCUCCUAGAGAUCUAAUGUGAGAGAAGUGGACUUCAGGUUGAGUGCUCCUGAUGUAUCUUUGUUCAACCUGCAUUUUUGUAAAUAGAUGCAAAUAUUGCAAAAUACAGUGAUCUCCUUCCAAACGAGGCUAAAUACAGGACAGCACUGCACCCCUCAAACUUACUAGGAAAUGAACACAACUGAACUCAAGGAUCAGGCUGUCAAUGACCCCAAAUUCUUGCUCCCUUUUGAAUCCGUCUGCCCCCUUACAUUAGAAAUUAUCUUCCACAUAUGAUAUGUCCUAUGGUUAUCACAGGAAUGAAAAGACAGUGAGGCACUGUUGUUCUUGCCUGAUCAAUAACACAAGUAUCAUUUGCAACUGGCAAAAAAACACUGUUCUAUACUCUAAAGCAACUAAUAGCCUUUCCCAGUUGGCCUGACUUGCUAGAUAUUUUGCAUUCACUUUAUAUCAGCCCAAUUUACAGCCACCCUCAGCUCUCAAAAGAAAAACAAUUCAAAGACGCACAUGCAUUUAAAACUGUUUUCAUUAAUUUUGAAACAAGAACUUCUUAGAUCUUGCUAAGAUUUUUUAAUUUUUACUGUUACAGUAUUUUCCAUAAUUGUAGAGCAGAUUCAAGCAACAAGAUCUGUUGUACGUUACUGUGACGACAUACAGAGGGUUAUUAUUAUUAUUAUUAUUUAAAUGUGUAUACCGCCCUUCAUCCUAAGAUGGCAAGGUGGUUGCCUAGCAAACUCUGUAAACAACCUCAGGACAAAGAAGGCAGCAGCCAAGUUGCAAUCUUGUAACUGGCUUGUUCUAUGUAUAAAGUAGGAAAGGUAACAAAAGGUAUGCAGCUUUAAACUUGAAGUACUGGUUUGCACUUCUGAUAGAAAAGUCUACACAGACCAGGCACUGCUGCAUAACUUGUACUCAUGUGAACCAACCUGUGAUCUUUGGAUGAAGGGUAGCAUACAAUUUAAUAAAUAAUAAUUGAAUUGCAGAGUUGUAAGGGACCCCUGAGGAUCAUCAAGCCCAACCCCCUGCAAUGCAGGAAUAUGCACCUGUCCCAUUCAGGGAUUGAACCUGCAACGUUGGCAUUAUUAGCACCAUGCUCUAACUAAAUAAACUCUCCAGGUUAUAGUAAUAAAUAAUUAAAUGUUGGCUACCAUUGGGAAGCACUGAAGCUGGACUACAGCCACCCAAACAAGCCUCUUGCUAUAAGAAGCUUGCACUUAAGCAUAUAUAAUGGCAUAUUGCUUCCUAAAUUUCAGUUCUGGCAAUUUUAGCAGAACCACCAAUGCAAGCAGCAGCACAGAGGAGAGCUUUAAGAUGCCAUGGUUAACAGGAAGCACCUACCCUAACCAGUUUCAGAAACUCAGAUAUGAAAAUUGGGAGCUAAAUGGUAUCUUAAACCUAGGUUAUGGUAGCAACAACGGAAUGUCUGGGCACUACUUUUUUUUUAAUAACAAGAAUACAAAGCUGAAAAUGAAUGAAGUGCUGCUAAAAUAUUAUGUUCAUUUCCCACAUGGUCUGGUCCUUCCCCUGCCCUCCCUAGUAAUAUUCUUAAGAGGGUCUAUUCUCCAGUCUUCAGAGAGUAGCUGGAAGUGGGGAGGCAGGAAAAGGUCCUCUUUUCCUUCCACUCUGCUGUUUUAAUCUGAAAUCUUAGGCCCAGAGCUCAGACUGUGAAUGACAUCCCCGGUCGCAAAACUCUGCCUGGAACAAUGGGAGUUUCGAACGCAGACCCCGGCACAAUUCUUUGGCCAGGUCAACCGCAGCUCACGACCCUCGGAGUUAAUCAUAAGGCCCAGCCCCUUUCCCUUAUUAUUACCGAGACUGGGAAACAACCUGGGAUGGAUUCCCCCCCCCCCCCAUUACAGCGGCGGACCCAAACCCAGUUCCCUAAAAGGCAGCAAUCGUAAGGAAACGAUCUUAGCCGAUCCAUUACCCGCGGCCGGCGCUGUGCAGGCCCGGUCAGGCAGGGAACCGAGCCCCGAGCUCUUCUUCCAACCACGGCCGCCCCAGCGCGACUGCCGAUUCCUCCUUACCUGCCGCUUCUCGGGGGCGGGGUCAGAAAGACGGUUGGAGGGGCGGAGCCAGGGGCUCAGAAAUCCCCGCUCCUGCCUUGAGAUCGGCGGCAAAGUCCCGAUCGCGGCGGAGAGAGGAUGGAGGAGGAGGAGGAGCAAAGCGGGGGGGCGGGACCCGAACGACCCAAGCAGCCUGGCUUCGGGCCAAUUAGGAAAGAGAACACUCCGUCUCCUUGGAGACAAGGCUCCCCCUCCCAAGGAGGCGCAGGGGGCGGAGCCUACCAAGGGCGCCGCGCGGGGCUCUGGAGGUGGAGCGGGUGGACACGCCCCCCUCCGCACCAGCGCGCGCGGUUCCUGAGGCGCGCGCUCCCUCAGGCGGGCCCACAGAGGCACCCCUCCCCAUCAUAACGCGCGCGCGCGCUUUUUGUUUUGCCUCCCGUUAUCUCCCACCUCAGGGGGCUCCUCGUUUUGAGGGGGUAAAGGGCGCAGCCGAACCUCGCUGCCUUCCGUCCUUCUCGGCCGGCAGCUCCCGUCGGCGUCCUCGUUCCAUAAACGGAGCGGGAGGGUGCUUACAUGACGGGGUCCCCCCUCACAUCCCCGUUCCAACGGCCGUCCCCGCCGCCAUCUUGGUGAAAGGAAGGCGGCGGACGGAUACAUACCGUUACUUAGUCGCCCCUCCGCCGGGAAAAAAGAGAUGCUCUUCCGCCGUCGGCUCGCCUUCUCUUAUCUCUUCCCCGCCCCUCCUCCUCCUCCCCUCCCCCGGGUCACGUGGCCCGGUCCUCCUGAGGCUACGCUUCUUCCUCGACGGGCGUUAAGGAGGCGGAGGCGGCGGAGGGGCCGCCUCGAGCGAAACCCGCGCGCUCGAACUACGUUUCCCAGAGCGCAGCGCGCGCGCGGCCCCCUCGCGAACCGCCCGCCGGCCUCCUCUCGAGUGAGUCUGGGGAGCGUAGUUCGAGCCUGUGUGGCAGAGAGCGUUGCAUUGUGGGAUAUCGGGCUUCCGGAACGGCGGCGUUACCUCAGUGCGGAGAAUCGCCCGACUCGCUGAGGAGCCUUUUCAAAGUGCAAUAGGUUUUCGCAUUGGCUGAUAAAAUUGCUGCGUUUAUCUUCUGUUUCAGAAACCGCGGAUUCAAUAGACAGGCGCAGAAUCACCGGUUACUAGCAAUACAGUAUACAUCUUUUAACGGAGAUGUUACCUUUGGGCAUGGUUGAAUUGUUUCCACACUUUUCUCCUGGUCCAUCAGGGCUGAGCUCGCUGACUGGCAGGAAAAGGAAGAAAGGUGGAACUUUUACACUUAUUUAUUGAAUUUAUAUACUGCCCUACACCCGGAGGCCACAAAUGCAAUUUACACACACAAAUCUGUAUUCAAAAAGGCAGAAUAGCACCAUAUAUGUAAUCUAUUUUUUAAAAAAGGUAAAGGACCUCUGGACGAUUAAGUCCAGUCACAGGUGACUAUGAGGUGCGGCGCUCAUUUCGUUUUCUUAACUUUCUUUAAGGGCUUAGAGGCUCACUUUUAAAAAACAAAAACAUGGCACACCACCUCAGUCUCUGAGCAGUGCAAGAUUUCUCAGUUGCCUACCCAGGGUUCAGUUUCCUUGGAAGGAGGGACAGCGGAGACGGUGGAGUCUUUAUUAUACACCUUUAGGUGCCAGGCAAAAAAUGUUAAUUUUCAACCAGGCCUUUGGUUGAUUUGAUUGACAUUGUAUGCCCUUUUAAGCUGUGGGUGGUUUUUUUUGAGGGGGGGUGUUAUUGGGUUGUUUGUUUUUAUUUUCAUUAUGUAUUUUGUGGUUUUAUAUUUCAGUUUUGUUCUGUGAACCGCCCUGAGACCUCCAGGUAUAGAGCGGUAUAUAAAUUCAAUUAAUAAUAAUAAGUGGUUUAUUUAUCUAUUAUUAUUAUUAUUAUUAUUAUCAUUAUUAUUAUUAUUAUCCAUAGAUGCCACCUGAGCCUACGGUGGAGGGUUUCAUGUGCCUUCUGGCACAAAACCACUUCAUUUGUUAGACUAAAGACCUUCAGCAGCAUCUGUCUCACCAAGGAACUACUGCCCUGUCUGGCUUGUUGGAAUCCUUCAUUGGAUUUUAACCCAGGCUAAGGCCCACAAAGGGAUGCAAGUGGCACUGUGGUCUAAACCACUGAGCCUCUUGGGCUUGCUGAUCAGAACCUUGCAGUUUGAAAGCACAUCAAAAAGUGCAAGUAGAUAAAUAGGUACUGCUCCAGCGGGAAGGUAAAUGGCGUUUCCGUGCACUGCUCUGGUUUUGGUGUUCCGUUGCGCCAGAAGCGGCUUAGUCAUGCUGGCCACAUGACCCGGAAAAACUGCGGACAAACGCCAGCUCCCUUGGCCUGUAAAGCAAGAUGAGCGCCACAGCCCCAGAGUCGUCUGCGACUGGACUUAACUGUCAGGGGUCAUUUACCUUUACCUUUAAGGCCCACAAACUCACAAACUUCUGUUAACUGCCCUAAACUCAAAAGAUCAGAAACCCCCUCACAGUUCUUAUGAGAUGAUGGUUGCAUUUAUGUUGCAAACCGCUUUGAGAUUUUUCUUUAAAAUAUAAAGCUGUAUAGAAAUUUAAAAAAUAAAAAUAAAUUUUAACACCUAUUCUUUAUCAAGCCAUGUUAAUUAAUCUUGAGCAGAUUAAAUGCGAUUCUGUAUUGUGCCAGUAUAAAAAAUUCAUCUGUCCAGCAGGUGGCAGAAGAACGUAAGGAAACUACAUGUUUAUUUACUAAAAUAUUAUUGAGAGUUUAUAGAUUGUACAAAGUUAUUAUGUUCUUGUAAGUUUCAUUUCUGAUAUGUUCUGUAUCUUAAGACCACACAUUAAAUAAAUUUUUGGCACCCAAAAGACAGACUGAGAACUUGGGUCCCAAUCCCAUGCAUUGCAGUGACACUGCAGCACUUCAGAAAGCAAAGCUAUUCUGUUCUUGUGGUUCCUGUAAAUAAAAUUUAAAAACCACAAAGGAUUUUCCUAAUAACCUUUCUGAAAGCUUCAUCUUUUCUCAGCUUUUCCCUUGGACUGAGUAUUUUUAAAAUCUGUCAUUGUCUGUAGGGAGAUAAAGGAGGAGAAAGGGGACAAGUUAAAUUUAAAAUUGGUUCUUGAGCUCUUAAUCUGUCUUUAUCUACAUGCUGGCUUGAAAUAUUUCUAGGGAAUUUCACCUUUCAGACUAAUUGGUUUCUGUGAAUCUUACUGUAAAAUGGUUGUUCCUAAAUAAGGCAGGGAAGGGGAAGAGGGAACACACAAACCCUUUCAUCAGCCUGAAUACAUCCUGUUCCAGAAUGGACUUUAUCCAAAGAAACAUCCAAAGAAUGCAGGCAGGAGUAUGUGAGGUUUCAAACAACCGUUGUUCAGACAAAGUGAGGAUGAGUUCUGUAAAAUGUUUAAAUCUUUUCCACACCUACACUACCAGAAAGUUACCUAAUGAAGACUGUUUCUUUACUUAUUUUGUAUUAAUACUCUUCAAGCAACAUAGCCGUUUCUGACAAUACCCAGUUCAAUUAGACAUUCUCUAUUCCUUAGGUACUGUUGCAGGAAGUAAGAUGAAUAAGUGCCAAAUUCUGAGAGCACAUUGCAAAAACAAGCUUGAGGGCAUGAUGUGCAUUAAUAAUUGAAAAAUUAAAAGAGCAUCUGAUAACAAUCAUUCCUCUGCAGUUUGAAAUGCCCCUGAUACUGAACUGCUUUCUCAACACCUUAUGGCUUUAAUUUAAUGCAUGUGUCAGCAGUCAGGAAUCUAGAGUACCAAGCAAUGUUAGAGGCUUCAAAGACAGAAUGAUUUUCUGUCCAUAUGAGCUCUUAUCUUUAAUGCAAAGUGCUCUGCCUAAAAUGUUAAAAGUUUGGAUAAUGUUCACGUCUGAUCUAAAAACGUGAACUCUUUUUGCAGUUGCAUUCUGAGGGAGACUUCAUGCCACAAAUAAAGCUGUCCAAAAAGUCACGAAGCUUCAACAGAGAAUGAAGUAAUAGUUUAUAAUACACCUUGAAGGGUCAUGUCCACUUUUACUCUGUAUCUUUGACUACAACAACAAUCUCUGUCUGUUUUGCCUUAUCAUCCCCGCAGAACUGUAGAUCCCCCUUCCAGACCACCUUGGGCAGGGAUUUUCCCCCUCCUUUGGCAGGAAAAGGGGAGGCGAGAGGGAGGGGGUAAUGUUUAGUUUGAUUCCUUUCGCAAUAAAAAAAAUAAAAAGAAGAAAAUAUGUUCAUCAGUAGUCAAAUGCCCUACCUGAACCUUAGUCUGAUGUUUUGAAAAAACACAGGAAGCAGAUGGAUAAGAUGCAUCAUCCCAUUCUGACCUUUCUGUAUUUUUACAUAACAUCUCAAGGUGAUUUGAUGUCAGCAUUCUGAGAAAUGGCAGAGCUUCCAGGUGGUACUUAACGCAUAGCAGUCAAGGUUUCUCAAAAAUGAGCAUAGUGCUAGUCUGUGGGACAUUUGCAGCUAAAUGACAGGUGUGUAACAUUAUCUUUUAAACACCGAUAAUCUUACCAGAUUUGAAAUUCAGCCAAAUACAACACAAAAGCACAAAUGGUAAAGCUUUAAAAACUAAUGCCAUAAGUAAUACUUUCUUUUCUCUAGAAACAAACACGUAAAAACUGGAAAUAGGUGCAGUUCUUGAGCAGCUCUUGGGUAUGUCGCUAUGUGGUUAAGAAGAAAAAGCAAUGUACAUGUCAAAAGUUUAUAACGGAGAAAGAACUAUUAAUUAGAAAAUGGUUGUUAGACAUAUCGUCAGACUUUACUUCUUCAGUGGUGACAGCAUUUUUCAGAGAUUAACAAGACAAUGCUAUACAUGAUUACUUAGAAGUAAAUUGCAACUGUGUUCAGUGGAGAUCUCCCUGAUGCUUCCCUAAGGAAGCUGCAUUGAACUGAAAGACCAUUAGUCCAUCUUAGUGUAUUGCCUACACUGGCUGGCAGCGGCUCUUCACAGCUUCAGAUGUGAGCAUUCCCAGCCUUGAUUCAAUAGAUAUUGUGUGCCACAUUACCUCCCACUGUUGCAGUCCCUAGCACAAUUUUGGAUUCUUUGGGAACAUGCAAACAUGCAUUUAUAUAUUCAUAUCCACCCGAGUGCUCAUGUAGCCUUUUCAAAAGGCAUUGUACCCAUUACCUUUUGGCAAUACCAAUACUUUUUCCAUCCACUUGUCUGUUGUGGUUAUGAUACAUAGGUGCCAUUUUCCUGCACAUAGUGACCUCACUGCUGUUAUCAUACACAAGAUGAAUACAUUAUCUCCCCAUGUCACUGAACCCCCUGUGAGAUUCAGAAGGAAAAAGCAGGGUCCAGUGGGAUCUCAUGUUGUACAACUUUACUUGGUGUCAAAUGAAGGAGAAUGUUUGUAACUUUCUGUUUAGCAAUAAACUUUUUAUUCCCCCCUUAUUUUUUUUCAUUGCAUGGUUGAUCUUACUAGUAUUGUAUUUGUAAUGUGGCAAGCUAGCAAUGGUUAGGACAACUGCAACUCCUCUGAACAUUCCUCCCCACUGACUCAUUACAGUUUGGACGGUUCAGAAAUUAACAGCAAAAAAACAACAACUAUCUCAUUCUGGAGAAGGCUGUGAUAUUCUUUGCAUCAACUCCGAAGGGUCUCUCUCUCUCUCCAGCAUUUAAAGGUAAAUGACAAGACUGUUUCGAGGGUGGAGGUGAUUUCUCUAUCACCAGAUAUAUAUGCUGUACUUACAUUAAUUACAUUGGUGUGCUCUAAUGGGAUUAAUUGCUUAGUGAGCUGCUGGAAAAGAAAGUAAAGCAGCAAUCCUCAAUACCCUUACUGGAGAGUAAGUCUCAUUGAGUGCAGUAAGUAUGCAAAGGCUUGCAUGGCAUGAGUUAAUCCGAGCUAAUAUGUUUCAGUGGGUAGUGGGUGUUUCUAGACAACAAGAACAAAAGCAAUUUUUUGCAGACGCUUUACAAGAACUAGCCUGAUAAAAUUGGCAAGGGUUGUGCCAAUGUCAUUUAAUUUUAUCUGGAAGGUCAUGGGAUUCAGGACUCCCAAUCCCCACAGAUUUGACUCAACAAAUUGCAUGAAGCUGACAAAAUCUGUGUCAAAUUUCACCUCAUUUUUGCCAUGAACCAUAGCAGGAACGACUGUACUAUAAUUGCUCUUCUAGUAAAUCCAUAGCAAAGGGAGAUUGCAAGGGCUGUGGGGGAGAUAUAUAACAGAAAGGCAGAGUUACAUACCAUCAGCAAGCAUCUUCUUUGGCGAUCAUUCAUAGCCAAGGAGGAUUGUCUUCCAUGAACACAGUCUUAACAGUGAGUCCGUAAGUGACUGUGGAGGCCAAUUCUGGAUCCACACGUUCUUCCACAGUGGGGACAUAGGUUUCUGGGCAGGAGUUGAUCACGGUGAGGGUUUACCAAGCGUGCCUUCCUCUUAGCACGUUUCUCCCUUUCAUCCUGAGUUCGAGCGUCUUCAAAGCCCAUGACACCUUUGGUAAAGGCUGUUCUCCAAUUGGAGUGCUUGCAGGCCAGUGUUUCCCAGUUCUCGGUGUCUAUACUACCCUUUUUUAGAUUUGCCUUGAGAGAGUCUGUAAACCUUUUAUUGACCACCAGCAUUACGCUUUCCAUUUUUAAGUUGGUAAUAGAGUAGUUGCUUUGGAAGACAAUCAUCAGGCAUCCGAACAACAUGACCAGUCCAACGAAGUUCAUGUUGAAGAAUCACUGCUUCAACACUGGGGAUCUUUGCUUCCUCCAGUACACUGGCAUUAGUGCACCUGCCUUCUCAAAAGAUGUGUAAAAAUUUUUGGAGGCACCAUUGAUGGAAUCUUUUGAGGAGUUGGAGAUGGCGUUUAUAAGUGGUCCAUGUUUCACCAGUGUACAGUAAAGUUGCUAGUACAAUAGUUUUGUAAGCAAGCAUUUUGUUUUCCCAAAAUCAUCAAGCAUAUCAUCAGGCAUAUCACAGGCUCUGCCCGCUGCAUGUCAAUAUAGCACAGCACUUACCCAUCUUGUGACAUCAUCAUAUAUGUUUCUUUGCCACUGCUAGCAAUAGCUAAUUAUGUGGAGUGAAGGCAGGGAAAAGCAUGAUGUGAUGAUGUCGCAACAACACAGAUCAUUGUUACCUGUUGCACUCAGUCAUGGGGAACUCAAACAUGGCAGUGUGGUUUUCUGUGCCAUCCUUUCGCUGCUAUGAAUGUGUUUUUUGUGGCUAGAGCUCAAACCUGAUCAUUAGUCUUCUGUAAUUAGUCAAUAUUUGGGAGUCCAUACAAUUUCUAUGGGAAAUCAGUGGGAACAGAACUCCCAGUUAAUCUUACCUUAUUUUGUAUCUUGGACCCUUUAAGUUGUAGAUCUUCAAGUGGUGGCAGCGUGACUUACGGUGGAUUGUAUCAGCAAGAUUUCUACCAUUUAGGUUCCAGGCAGAAAAAAUAUAUUCAUCCAGGCCCUUGAGCCUUAGUUUGCUGCUUAUCUUUGGAUAGAGUGGUGUGGAUUUGGGUCUGCUCUUUUAUGCAUAUUCAUUGGUGAGCAUUUAGGUGGUUUCUAUGUUUGUUUUUAAUAGGAGUGCCAGCUUAGCCCCGUGAUUGUGGGUGCCCAGGGCUGUGGGUGCCAUGCACCGUGCAUGGCCCUGGCACCAAAAUUUGUGGUUGCCUGGCCCCUUCAUGGGGAAUUUUGUGGGUGCUCUGGCACCCAGGACCCCAGUGAGUUGGCACCUAUGGUUUUUAAUGUUUGUUUCUGCAAGUCACUUCAAGUUCACCUUUCUGAAAAAAGUGGGUAAUAAAUAGAAACUUUUUUUUUUUAAAUUAAGAACUAAGCCACAUUGCAUAUUUGGGCUAAGGUGAGUUGCAGGUCUGUAAAGAUGAGAAGACUACAAUUCUGUAAGCAUUUAUUUGGGAUGAAGUUCCACUGAACUGAGUGAAAAUGCACUGGAUUGUGUUGGAUAUCUUGCAUAUGAUUUCAGUUUACAAAGCCAACAAUUAAGGGGAAUAACCCUUAUUAAAACCCGUGCAACCCAUUUCAGCUGUGUUUAAAAUUACAAUGUAUUAGCUCUCUCGUACUGAAGAAUCUUUUUUCUGUUGCUUCAGUUUCCACGUAUGCCUAAUUACAGUAUUUCAUUCUAUUUACUUGUAUUGUUUUGUUUCCCCCUAUUAAAAUAUAUAUCAUUAAGGGAGGGAAUCAAAAUAGCAGUGAAGAACCUCAUUCAGGCAGCAGUGUGAUUUUAAGUGUGGCCUUAAUAUCUUUGGACUGGAAGUUUUAACUUCCCAAAGCAGCUAGAUGCCUCUUCUUUGUUUUUGUAUAGUUUGCUUUUUUUUAGUAUAUUUUUAUUAAAGAUUUCUUAGUUUACAAAAUUGCAUGCAUUGUCUCUUUUUUCAAGUUGUGUUUUCUACAGAUCAGUUUCAUUUGUUGUGAGACAUUAGUGUUGCAUACUGUGUUAGGUAAGGAAGAAAAGCGGGGGCAUGGUAAAUGGGGGGGGGUGUCGGGUGGCAAUGCUUCUGUUCUUCUACUUAGAGUAUGUGUGGGGUUUUGUGUCAGCGUCACUUGUGUGGGUUCUCCUCCUAUUCGCUUUUUGUAUUUCCUUGGUGGUGAGAGAGGUUGGGGUGGCCUAGGGUGUGGUUAGUUGUCUUUGGUUGGCUAUUAGAUUUGUUUUUGUUUUUGUAUGUGAGUGGGGUGUGGAUCAGGUUAGCCCAGGCUUCCUCAACCUUGGCCCUCCAGAUGUUUUGAGACUACAAUUCCCAUCAUCCCUGACCACUGGUCCUGCUAGCUAGGGAUCAUGGGAGUUGCAGGCCAAAAACAUCUGGAGGCCCAAGGUUGAAGAAGCCUGGGUUAGCCAGAUUGAUUCAUAUGCUGUCGGUGGAUUCUUCUUGUUGUCUUGUUGGGCCAUGUAUAAAAGGAAACCAUACCAGGUGAAGGUGUCUUCUUCUAUGCCUCUCUUUUGUUCAAGUUGAAAAUGUUGCUGGAAUGCAACUGAGAGGCUUGGAACACAAGGGCAGAACCACUCCGGCAAGAAGAGAAGAAAAAGAAAAAGAACAGUUUGGAUUUGAUAUCCCGCUUUAUCACUACCUGAAGGAGUCUCAAAGCGGCUAACAUUCUCCUGAUAAUGGUGAUUGCUGAAUGUCAUCAUUGGCUAAAUUGACCUCCAGAUGUGCUGAGAAAAUAAACUUGGCAAUGAUUCCACAGCUGCAGACACGGCAUACAUUUAGAACAAAUUACUUCUCCCUAGGAAUGCUGGGAACUGGGAUCCAGCACCUUAACAACUUGCAGUUCCCAGAAUACUGUGUGGAAGUUAUGCUUUAAAUGUAUGGAUGGUUGCAGCAACAGAUGGAUGGCUGAAGUAACUUUCUAACUUGACUGUAAGUGUUUCCAGACAGGAACUUAACACCGCAAACGGGUAGUUUAGAUCCACCCCCGCAAUGUGUGCGUGACUAGCAUCUGAGCAUCCACAUGUUGCCAUAGAUACAGGGCCGGAUUUAGAUUCGAUGAGGCCCUAAGCUACUGAAGGUAAUGGGGCCCUUUAUAUGUCUAGCUCUCCUUUGUCAACAACAAAUUCUUGCUUUUUUGUGUUGAAUAUAUGCUAUAUGGUAAUUUAUAGACCUAAUAGGUAUCUAAAGCCAUUUCCGCAAGCAGAAUGUAGGCACCCUAUAUAUAGAAAUGAGCAAACCAGUGAUAUUUUAGGGAGCAGGCUAGCAGGCGGGGCCCAUUACUUACAUCAUAGGAGCCUACACAACACAAAACACUGUUGCUGUAUGUAGGUUUUAUUUUAUUGGUUGUUUAUCUUAUAUUUUGGAAAUGUACAUCGUGGUUUUUUUUACUUUAAUUUUUUUUUUUUUGCCCCCAAGAGAGUGCAGUCCUAAGCUAUAGCUUGUUUAGCUUAUACAUUCCUGCUCUUGUCGCUGGUCAGAGAGAGAGUGGAGAACCAGAAAUGCUAUAUGCUCCUUCCACCUCAGGAGAGGAGGGGAAAUGACAUCACAUAGAGCCCUCUCUACCAAUUACAUUUCUAUGGUAUGAGUCUCUGCCUGUCAGCAAUACAACUCUGUAGCCUUAACCCCUCCUCAUGCUAAGCAGCAAGAACAUGCGCUGUUAGAUUUGGCUGCUAAUCUUCCACAAUUUGAUUCUCUCCAAGCAAAGCAGAGAGGAAGACAAGAGCACAUCUAGGCUUCCUCUUGUUUCUCUGUGUUUUUUGAAAACAGGAACAUGCCACAAGCACUUGUUUGCAUGUUAAUACUCAGCCAGCACUCUGGUUUCUUUCCUACUUGGAGAAGGGAGAAACAAAGUGGGUGCGAUUUGAGCAAUAUGCAUCGUCAUGUUUGCUUGUUCACAGUAAACCAUAGUUUGGUAUACUAUGUCGGGUGAACCAGCCCAUAGGGUUGAGGAGCACUUAUUCUUCUUUUUUAAAGCUGUAUGCUGCAUUAAAAUAUUUUAGUUCAGAUGAACUUGAUUUCUAGCAAUGCACUUCUUGCCUCAGCUAUGCAAAUGAGGGAGCAAACAGCAGGUCCUUGAUUUUUUCUGCAAAUACUGUGCUGAGUCAUCAGCAGCUAUGCUUGUACUUCCUGCUGACACAAGAUGUUGUUUUCUUUUGCAGGCUCAUCAAAAUGAAAAAUUGGAGUUUAUUUCAUUUGUUUCUCCAGACUGUAUUGAUAGUAGGCACAGCUGGCUUGGUAAGUUUUACACAAUACAAGGAGGAUUUGUAGUUUCUUCUCACUGUAUAAUAGAAAAAAAAUGAGCUUAUUCAUACUUGGAUCCUGUUGAGUUCAGAGGUGACAUUUGGCUUAAGCUGAUAGUAGAAUCAUAAAAUGCUAUAGUUGGAAGGGACCACAAGGGUCAUCGUCCUACCCCUCAACAGUUUAUAAUUGCUACUUUUAUGCAUUAAAAACGUCAGAUCAGAACUAUUCCCUCAGAGUUCCUGUUUUAAUUCAAGAUGGUUGGUUAGAGGGCUUGCUCUCCAGAUAAGGACAGCUUCUUACACAGAGGUUUUUUUUUAGUUGAACAUGAAAAUAUGAGUCUAAAGAUAUAUUAAAAGAGAAUAUGUAGACCAGAGAUGAGCUGCAUAUGGUAGAUUUCUGGAAGUAGCUCUUACUGAAGUCCUCAGAUGUUCAAAUAUUCUUGUUAUUAUAUUUUCACUGGUGGUACUUGCAACAAAACGUUGCAGAUUGCAGCCUUAUCCUCCAUGAAUUUGUCCAAUCCUCUUUAAAAUCCACCUAACCCCAAAGAGAACUAAAAUUUAAGAAAUCUGGACACAACCCUUGAGUUACAAAGAAAAAAUGCUUCUUUAAUUGUUCUUAGUGGGUUCUUCAAAUGUUCUUAACUCGAUACUGAGUAUAAUGGGUAUGGGGUUGCUCGUGCGUAAGUUGCCGCCUCUCCUGGCUAUGUUGCCUUGUUAAACCUUUCUGUCUGGACAGCCCUUCAAUUUGUGGCUGCCUCAGUCGCUAGCAGAAUCCAUCAGUGGGCGUUUCUUAAACCUCUUCCAACAUAAAAGUUGUUUGACGCCCAGUCUCCUCCUACUCUCCCUGCGUGGAAGUCUUCUGCGCAGGGAGGGCGUGGGUAGCGGAGGACCCGUGCUCUCCCCGCUGGUGUCCAGUGAAGAGUCCUGGAGCCCUCUCGCCGAUUCCCCAUCUGCCCCCCUUUAUCCCUGGUGUAACGUUGAUUUGCUUCCCCCUCUGCUGAACUGCCUCUCUCCCUGCUUGGUCCUUCUCCAGCAUCAUUUGAGAGCCUUCCCUCUGCCUCAGGCUCCGAUGUCAGUUCCCUGACACUGAGUAUCUUAAGUUCCAAAGUACUAAGAAUACACAACAUUUUAUCUUCAUGAUGUUCAUGGAAAGGAGGAACAAGGGUGCCUUCAUGGUUGGCUCUUUUAACCUGACAUAAACCUUCCUUGAGAGAACGUAUCGGAUGGAUGUUAGCUUUUAAUCGGCCAUGCACAGCUGUAAAAUAAAAAGUUUCUGAAUGCAUUAAUGGCAGCAGCUGGAAUAAAUGUGAUUGCAUGUCCAGACCGCAGGAUUUGACAGCAGCUGUUUAAUAUCUGGCUUGGAGUUUAGAAAAAAACCCAAAGUCAAUAAAGUGGGCAGAGUCCGUUACACGCAAUCUGUUUCCAAUUAAUGACAUAGCUAUGAUCUAAAUAGCAUUCCCCCUGAUGAUUAUGUUAUGUUUUUCACUGUUCCUUUCAAGGGGCUUUAAAAGGCAAAGGAAAACAAUACCUGACCACUCCAAACCUGUGUACUUCUGAAGUCCUUUUUUCUAGUUCUGUAACGUUCCAGUUUAGCAGUUUAAAGUCCAGUUACCUGUGAGGCAUUUUUACACAGUGGUGAACUGAAAUGAGCAAGCCUCAAGAGCAUAGGACCUUGCAGCUGUGCUGCUUUCUGGUAAUGUUUAGAGAACUGCCCUUGUGACUUUUCCCCAGAGGGAGCAACUCUGGCAUUCUAAACAUGAGAAACUCGCCAUUGCCCUUAAAUGACUUGUUGGAAAAUCAGUGGGAGGCAAGGAAGCUGCUUAUUAUCUCUGAUCUUAUGUAUUGACAUUAAUUGUUUGGAACCACCCGCCUUCCAAGCGCUUGGAGACUUCUGAGAGAUGGUAAAUCUGCAGAACAAUAGCCAGGGCCAGCCCGGAAAUUUUGGUGCUUGAAGCAAAGGAAAAAAUGGACCCAAGCCAACUUGACUGUUAGCUGAAUCUUCCUUCGACACUGGUGAUGGGACGACAUCUUUCAUUGCAUUUGAAGGCAACAGGCUACUUUAGGGGUUGCGUGGGGCAUGAUAUCUGUUGCACAAACCUCACUUAUGCUACCCAACCCUCAGAUGCUGCUGCUUGUGGGAGACUGCUGUUUAUACCCAUGGAAUUUGUGUGGAGGGCCCUUUGGGGUGUCUAUUCCAUAUCACAUUCUAUUUUGCCUCUAUAUGGAGCCACUGGAGCUAUCACCUAGGGAUCUGGAGCACUAUAUCACAUAUACACUGAUAACACUCAUCUUGGUCUCCAUUCUGUCUGAAUUGGGAGAGGCUGGGCAGGUGUUGGACUAGUGUCCAGAGGCGGGGGGGGGGGCCUGGAUGGGGGGUGGCGGCAAAUAGACUGAAUCCUGACAAGACAGAGGUGUUGCAGUUAGGUGGUUUUCAUGUCUGGGAAUUGGGGAGACUACCUGUUCUGGGUGAAGUUGCACUCCCCCUUGAUGGUACAUAAUUUGGGGGUGCUCCUUGAUUCCAAAAUUGAGGCGCAGGUGCCUUCAGUGCAUGCCUAAAACAUAAAUCCCUUUCCUUAAAAGGGGGAGGCAGCGAAGAAUCCUGUAGCACCCUAAAAGGCUAAUGUUUAAUAUGGCAUGUCAUAAGCUGUAAGCUUAGGCCAAUCACAUUCAUAUGCCUUUAAAGUGCUGCUGGAUUAUGAGUUGUUUUUUAUUCAGCAAAUGUAACACAGGUACCUUACUGGAACUUCUUGCUUAUAAGUGGAUGACUGUUCUGCUUUAUCACACGUCCAUGCUAUUAUGAGACACAUACACAAAAUAGCCAUCUCAAGUAUGCCUAAAAUACGCUUUGUUUUUGAAAUAUGAAUUUGAAUCUAGACAAGAGCAGCCUUGUUCUGUUCCCUACUAAACAGCUAGGAGGUGUUCAGACUCGGCCAGCAGCCUGCUUCUCGAAAGGACUGCCCUAGUGGUGUAUUUAUGAGGGCUGCACUCGUUCACAAAUGUAUUGCGCUCAUUCACGAAUGAUCCCUGUACACUGACAUAGACCGGGGUGGGGAACCUCUGGUCUGUGGGCCAGGGGGGUCCAAUUUAGCCUGGGAUAUCUUUUUCCCAUCACCAUGACCAUCUGUCAAUCAGCUGGCAUCACUGGGCAGUAGCGGAAUCCAGUUCUGCUGGGUACUGCUUUGCCAACAAGUUACCCCACAGGCCAACUUUGAUAGGUUGCUGGGAUUGCCUGACAACAUCAAAACUUCAGAAGAUGGGUGGGUGGGUGGUCUUGCAUACCUAUCAGAAAGUUGCCCAGUGUGGAGAAAAGGCUCUGCUGUACUGGGCGAAAAGGGUUCUCCACCCUUGAUAUAGACCCUAGUAUCUAGUGCUGCAAAACUGGUCAGUCGGUAGAGCAUGUGACUAUUAAUUUUAGGGUUGUGGUUUCAGUCCUCACAAAGAUUCCAACAUUGCAGGGUGUUGGAUUGGAUGAUCCUUAUGGUCCCUUUCCAACUCCUGAAUUCUAGAAUUCUUUGCUUGGGUGUGUUGCAGUUGCAAAGCCAGAAGAGGGAGCAUGUGUGUUGCAGCACAGAUUUCUAAAUUCUCCUGAGCAAAGCUUAAGAGAAGAGGCUAUGUAAGUAACUGCAUAUUGACCGAAGCCUAUCCCAUCAAAUAGAUCUAAUAUUUGACAUGGGGGACUUCUCCUUCAUGCUUGAUUACUACACCAGAACUCUGGCCAGUGAACAGUAUGAAGAAUACACAUUUUGUAUCGUUACGCAUUAUUUGUGUGCAGCUUUCAAUGCUCGAGGAAGCCAUUGAAAUGAACACUGCACAAAACAGUAGUGAUGGUCAUUUCCCCCUUUUAAAUGCAUUCAAACAGAGACCAAGCCUUUCCUAACAUCUGUCUACAUAUAUGGUACUCUAAAGUGAAAAGCCAUUGCUUUACUUUGUGCAUCUCUGCUCCCUUUCAUAAAUGCCAUUAGCAAAUAAAACACCCCCCCCCACAAAAAUAACAACAAAACCCCCUAAUUUGGAAUUGUAGUCAGUUAUGUGUUCUGCAGACACUAAAUGCAGAAGGUUCCAUGUUCAAUUUCUGGCAUAUCCAUGUACUGUAGGCUUGGGAGACCUGCUGCCAGUUUAAACUAGGAAUGGGGAACCUUCUCCAGACCAAUUGUCACCUUACCUUCUAUCUGAUCUUAAAGAGACCACAUGUCAGUGGUGGGUGGGGCCUGAGGCAAAAGUGGGCGGAGCAACAAAUGUGCAUUUCACCUCUAUGUGCUCUUGCUCAUCCUUUUCAGUCUUCCAAACAAGAGGCAUUAUCAGAGUUCAAUGGUGCAUGCCCGCCAAGCAAAAACAUUCAAGCAGAGUACAAAGAUGCAAAACAGAGCCAGGGGAGAUGUGGUUAGCGAGGGUGCAAGGAAGAGAUUCAAGGGUCAGACAGAAAGACUAGGAGGGCCACAUUCAGUGCCAAGGCCUGAGGUACCCCAUCUCUGGUGUAGACAAUAAUAAUCUAGAUGGACCAAUAACUUGACUCCCCAUACAGCAGCUUCCUAUGGAUUCUGCAUCCAUCCAGCUGUGUAAGAUGCUAAUUUCCUCCACAUAUCAAUCCUGCCUGUAUAAAAUGGGGAUAAUGCAUUUGUCUUUAUCCUAAGGUAUGCAAUACGCCCUUUUAAAAUGUAAGUUUUUUUGGGGGGGUUAUUGGGUGGUUGUUUUUAUUUUGAUUAUAUAUUUUGUGGUUUUAUAUUUUGAUUUUUUCCUGUGAACUGCACUGAGACCUCCGGGUAUAGGGUGGUAUAUACAUCCAAUAAAUAAUAAUAAAAUAAUAUGGGAGGCAGCUGAAUCAGUAUAUUAGUCUAUUAAGCCUUUAGUUCAGUGUUUCCCAAACCUGCGUCACCAGCUGGUUUUUUUUGGACUGCAAUUCCCCUAACCCCUGACCACUGGUUCUGCUAGCUAGGGAUGAUGGGAGUUGUAGUGCAAAAACAGCUGGAGACCCAAGUUUGGGGAAAACCGCUUUUGUUGGUUAAUAGGUAGAUGAUUUUAAACAGCGAGAUCCCUUUUAAUCUGUUGGUCUGAGACAAAUUAGGAGCACAACUGCCUGUUUUGAUUGGAACACCCAGUUCCGUCUGAAGUUACACUGAAUCAGUUAACUACACAACAAACCAGCUAAAAUGUAGAUAAUUAAUCGGGUAAAAAUCCUUUAGUCAGUUGGCAGCACUGGUGGAUAAUAUAGCAGCUACGAAUCUAGGAAUGGUGCAACACCUGAGCCUGCAAGGGGCUCCACUCUUUACACUGAAGUAGCAUCACAGCCAACAGGCAGGCAAGUUCCCUUCUCUUCCAGAGAGAAUUGUUGGAGCAUUACCGAAGCUGCUUUGGACUGGCACCGAGCCCGUCCCUCUGGAAGAGUUUCCUGACAAGCUGCCUAAUCCCGCCGCAUGUUUUCCAGGCUGUUCUCCACUGCCAUAUAUUGGAUUGCACUCAAGGGUAGGAAUUAAAUGAAAAACAAACAUCUGAGAUGCAACACAAAUAUUUAAAAGGGAAGGCAUGCAAUCAAGAUCGCUCCAGCAUCAACAUGCCUCGAGCAACAAACGCUUAUUUAAAGCAACCUAGGAAUGAAUACUGAAGGCAAGAGGGAUCUAGUCUAUAAAUAAUAUUCUGUUUUGAAUUUUUCCUCCAUGUAGAAGUUUCAGAAUCAUUGCUGCUCCUUCCUCCUCCUCCUCCUCCUCCUCCUCCCUUCCAAUGUAGCUCAUUUCCUGCUAUUAGGCAACAAAACUGAAUUACGUCUUUUGUAGUGAAAAAAUGAGGGGAGGGGACUCCAACGAAGUCUGGUCCUGUGCAGAAGUCUUCUGUUUCACUGCAAGCAACACUAUGUAAUUAUGACCCAGAUUGUGUAUGUAUUUCCUGACUGUAGUAACAAAUUCCUACUUUUAAGUCAAGCCAAAAUGUAAUUAAAUUGGAGAGGGGGGUGGGAUCUCGUAUGUUUUAACCAAGAAAAUUCUGCUGUAGAAUUGCACUGAUCUAAUAUGUAGUGUUGUCCCAUCAAAGAAAAGAGAACACUAAACAGAACGAUGUGUUGAUAGAUUGGCACAUAGAUAGAUAGAUAGAUAGACAGUCUUUUUUUUAGAACCAAAUGGAUAAUUUCAAACCAGGAAAAAGGGCAAAAACAGCAGCACAGAAUGAGCAUGGAUAUUAAAGACAAUGUGUGUGUCACUUGUUGCUAUCUUCAUAUGGAUAAGGCAAGUUUUUCUGCAAUGUUUAUGUAAAUUCACCAGUUAUUAAUACUGGCUGGAUCAAUGGAUGCAUGUAGCUCCUACAAAAUACCAGCUUUGAUUGAAUUCCCUUCUGUGGGGCACUCAUGCGUCUUAGACACACAGAGUUUUCUUUGUCUGAACUCCAUAUUCCUUGCUCAAACAGGGUUACCUUUUUGAGCACAAAAAGAGUCUGUUCCACAAAGCUUUCCUGAUGAACUGCUACCACCAAUUCCACGUCAAAUGAUUAAUCACAACUUUAGCUAUGAAACCUUGCACUACUAAUUAAAGAGCAUAUUGCAUUCCUUAUUUUCAAAUAGGCUCAUGGACCUGAAUGUGAUAGGCAGUGAUAGGUGGGAAACCUGGGUGCAAUGGGUUUGUGCAUCUGGCGGUUAACCAGAAGGUUGGUGGUUCGAGUCCACCCAGGGACAGCUUUGGGCAGGAUUCAUGCAUUGCAGCAGGUUGGGCUAGAUGACCGUCGGCGUCCCUUCCAACUCUACAAUUCAGUGAUUAUAUACUGCCACUAUUUUCACGUGGGCAUCAAUAACCUAACAGAAAAUUCAGGUUGUGCAGUUAAAGUUGAUUUGGAGCUCUUGGGCAGCAAAUGUGCUUCCCCUUUGAAAUCAGAAUUUUUACGAUAAUGAAAGCCAUUGAAAAUGCACUGGCAAGGGUGCGAUAAGAGUUGCUCAACACAACAUUGUCUAACCUCUCUGGAUGCAAAUAGGAAUGCAUGUUCAAUAAACAGGUUUGUCUGGAAGUGACCCAACAGUUCACUAAUGCUUCUCCAUCCUCCUUCUUCCAUUAAUGAACUGCUCCAGCAGACUUUAGAGAGUUGUUUCCAAGAGCAGCUGAAACUCCAGGCCCAGGUGAGACUUCUGGAACAAAGUGUGAAGCAGCAACAAGCCAAGAUUGUGCAGCUCUUAAUCGAGAAGGACAUGCAGUACAGAGAUAAAGGAAGUGAAAACAGUGUUAUUGAUCUGGGAGAAGAAAGAGAAUAUAAAGGUUUGGGCUAAAUCUCCCUCCCUCUCUCUCUGCUUUUCAAAUAGACUCCACCCAGUCAUUGUGCCAAACCAUGGCAUGCAGCUACCAUAGCCUGAACUUCCAAAAGUUAAACCGGCAAAUCCCAUUUUUUGAGCAGCUUGCUUCCUUUAAUUUUUCCAUCCGCUCAGCAGCAUAUUCAAUAAAUGCAGCAGCCUUUAACAACAGAGGGUGGCUCCAGAUUGUCAGUAUUUAAAGAGAGAGAAUCAAGCACAUAACCAGAAUUUUAGUUUGGGGCGAUGCGGAUUAAAGGGAACUGUCACCCUAGCUAAGCAAAUCCACUUUUUAAAAAAAAAAUCCGAAUUUAAGCAUUUAGGAAAGUUGACGGGGAAAUGUGUGGAAAACUGUGGGGUGAACAAAUGACUUGAUGGCAUGACUUUUCCGGGAGUAAAUGUCAUUUAUUUAUUUUAAUGUACACAAGACACAUGCAUAUCCAGCUAGCCAAGAGAUCUGGAGUGAUCUCUGAGACCUAUUGAGAAGAGUGGCAUGCACUUUGUGCAGUCCUUCAGACAGAGGGUUGGAAAGCAGGACCUGUGUGGCCUGUCAGUGAUGCCAUGUUGCCCUGCUGUCAGGGCUGCAUCAACUGCAGGUCAGCACAGAGACUUAGAGAUGAGCAGUAAAGGGGAUUCUUUAUUCCAGGAAACAGAAUGCAAACAGAGGAACCUUUGGGCAAGACUGGCUCCCAGCAAAGCAGUUGCCAUAGUAUUGGCGAUAUGGAUGGGGCUUGUAUACACCAGGGGUCAGCAAACUUUUUCCACAGGGGGCCGGUCCACUGUCCCUCAGACCUUGUGGGGGGCUGGACUAUAUUUUUGGGGGGGAAUCCCCCCCACGACUCUCCCCUCCCUUCUCCACAGCACCGGAUGUGCCCCGGGGACUGCUUACCUGUGCCUUGCGAGCGGCAGGGGCUGGCGGUGGCGGAGGGACGAUGAGCUGUGCAAAAGGGCUGGCUGUGGAGAGGAGCUGCUCUGCUUUAAAUGGCGCUCAGCCAACCAUAGCUCCUGUGCCUUGCGAGCAGCAGGGGUUGGUGGCAGCGGAGACAACGAUGACGAGCGGUGUGAAAGGGCUGGCUCUGGAGAGGGGCUGCUUAAAAUGGUGCUCAGCCAACCAUGGCUCAACAAAGCCCAGCCCCCUUCCUCCUCUAGGCAGGGCAGGGAGAAGCCAGGAGGAGGGAUGGAGGAGGCCCCUUCACGGUGUGUGUGAGGGACAGGGGGGGAAUGGUGCAGCCCGAACGAUCAGAAUCCCCAUGCCAAUCCACGUGGCGAUUCCUGGACUGUCCGCGGGCCAGAUCCAGAAGGCAAUUGGGCCGGGUCCGGCCCCCGGGCCUUAGUUUGCUGAGCCAUGGUAUACACCAUACCUUUAAAGCACAUCCCCGCCAACGAUCCUGGCAGCUGCAAUUUACCCCCCGCAGAGCUAUAAUUCCCAGCAAAUGGCAGUGAGAAAGAUGCUUUGGUGGGGUGUUUUGAAGGUAUAUUGUAUAUGCAGCCACCACUAUUCCCACACUGAGAAAUAAAUAGUUAAUUUUUACCAUUGCAAGACACAAAAAUGGAGGCUAGAAGGUAAGCUGGGCUUCCAGAUAUGCAUGGUCAAUCUGAGCUGGGAGGCUGCAAAUAAAGAGAGAAAGGCUUUUUUGGGUUUUGUACAAAUAAUAUGCUUUCAAUAAACCUUAGUCUUCAAUAAAGACCAAGUCAGCAGUAACAGUGGAAAAGGAUUUGUGGGCUAAACAUAUAUAAUUAGGAAUUUGUUAACUCCAAUUUCCAACUGUUUCCCUUGUAUUUAUUUAACCAACAAAUGACUUGAAAUCUUCCGGGGGUUUAGCCUGAAACAGUUCAACCGAGAUCAUGGAACAAGACCAUUUGAAAUGGCAAAUGUUAGCUUAGCUUUCUAGGCAUAUCAUGUAUCUCUGGGUGAGGCAAUCCUGCACCCACUUAAUUGGGAGAAAGCCCUGUUGAACUCAAUGGGACUAACAUUUGAGUAGAUGUAUAAAAUGUCAGAAUCCAAUACAGACCCCCUUCCAAGUGUCUCUCUGCGUAUAUUAUAGUGGUAAUGAGAACAAGACCAAUUUUCAUUAUUUGGAAUGACUGUUGUUUUGGGGCAAUGCAGAUUGUGCGGAGAUCUAUAACGCUGGACACAAACAGAGUGGAUAUUACAAGAUGAAACCUCUUGAGAGCCCCAGUGGAUUCUCUGCCUACUGUGACAUGUCACAAGGAGGAGGGUGGACGGUCUUUCAGAGACGGUCAGACGGGAGUCAAAAUUUUGAUAGGUAAGUGGUGGGCUUAAAAUCAGAACUAAGUCAUAGGCACAUGGAAGGAGGUUAAUGCUAAACCUUCUAUCCCUGUACUAACUCCUGAAAGUGAAAGAUGCAAUGUAAUAUCCAGUGCUUCUCUUUGAUGAUCCUGGAGAAGCUACGUCCAUACACACUCAUGACUCUUGCGUCAUUUUCAUGUCUGACUUCAGUUCGCUUUCUUCUAUCUAAACCUUUCCUAAUCCAAAUAUAAAAACUGGGCUGGUGUCACAGGAGCUUUCCAGUCAGUAUCUGACAGUUCAAAGUUGGAGUUAACACUUUUUUAAAGCAAAAACACAAUAUCCACAGACUUGGUUGAGUGUCAGGCCCAAUGAGCACGGCGGCGCAUUCCCGGUAGAUCUGGCCCCUUGUAUCAGUUGCAGAGACAAAGUCCCCGCCUCCCCACAGUCAUCUAAGUCGUCACCUCUCCAGGGCUUUUUCCAAGCAGUUGGAGACUUUACCAGUGUGCAGCCAACCUCUUCUCUGCCCUUUUCAUGCCUCUUCUGGUUCUGGAUGACAAGAGGGUAGGGGACCUUGUCGCAGCAGGAAGAGGAGACACCUGUGACUCUUCACCAGCCUGACUCAUCUCUGCCUCUUGGCCUCCCUGCUUUCACUCUCUUACUUCAGCUUCUGCCUCUGAUUUUGGACUUCUCUCUGCCACAGGCUCUCCCAGCUCACUAAGCCCUGCUACCGCUUCAGCUUCCAUCACUUCCUCUUCUCCCUAUGACCACCCAUCGUUGUCCCACCACCACUCCCCAGGCUCUGAGCCUUCUUCUCUUUGUGGUUUCCCAGCUAGUUCCAAACACCAUUCCUCUGUGUCCAACUAGACCCAUGAGAAGUUGGCUAAGAUAAGCAUUCAGUUUACCACCACCGAAAAUUGUAUUUAUUUAACAGCUGAGACAGGGUCCUUUUUCUAAUUUUUCUCAUGCACCUCAAAGAGUUCUGUGUGUGGAGUUAAGACUGCUUUAGUUCCCUGGGGACUAUGACAAGGUUAGUAAAAGCCUAUGCAGGACUUUCUUUCAGACACUGAAUGGUAGGAGUCUGACUCCUGAUACCCAGCGCUGAGUAAGUACGACCUCACUCAGAAUCUCUAAGUGUCCCUAUUUUUCAGGGACGUCCCUGAUUUAGAGAAGCUGUCCUGGUUUCUGAUUUGCUCCCAGAAUGUCCCACUUUUCCUUAGGAUGUCCCUAUUUUCAUCGGAGAAAUGUUGGAGGGUAUGGAGUUAUCUGACCCCUGAGCCGUCUGAAGUCAAUUCUGUAUAGGGAAGUUUUUUUAAUGUUUAAUUUUCUAUAAACUGGUGAGAGUGGCUGGAGCCACCCAGUAAGAUGUGUGGGGUAUAAAUAGUAAAAUUAUCAUUAUGGAAUGGGACUUCCCUAUUUUCAUCGGAGAAAUGUUGGGGGGUAUGCCGCACUCCCACUGAAGUUGGGGCACAUGACCUAUUAGGGCCCAAGAUGCCAAAGGCAUUCCUAGCAGGCAAAUCUCCAUGCAUGGCAUCUUCACAAAACAGUAGCAGCAAUUUUUUCACCCAGUCAAAUAGAAACUAAUAUUCCUAUUUCUGAGGGAGUGAAGCUAUUGGAAACAACAGAGGUUGCUGUGAAAUAUACCCAGAAGCAUGUCCCUAAAUAUACUGAUAUAAUACUGGGGAUUUGCUUUCAUUAGGAGACUGUGCAACUCAAAGGGGUCUUUCAUUAAAGAGCGUCUGAAAAUCCUCUUGGUUGUAAUAAAUAUAUAUUUUUUAAUAAAGACCAGUUAAUAAUCCUCUUGGAGUGACCCAAAUCAGAAGUUUACAUUUUGUUUUCAGAGACUGGGCUGAGUAUGAACAAGGUUUUGGUGAUUUUGCUUCACCAGAUGGUGAAUACUGGCUUGGAAAUAAAAAUCUCCACUAUCUGACCUCUCAGGGUAAGAAGGCCUGCUUAGUAAAUGUUCAUUAAGGUAAAGUAAACCAAUGAUGACAGAAACAUUGCUGAUUGUGUAACGCUAGAAACAAAGGCUGGAAUCAACCAUUUAAUUUCCCCAACGUGGUUGUAGCUGAUUUGCUUUCUCUCCCCCCUGUGGGCUUAAUUAGGCCUGCCAGGCCUCCCCACUUGAAUCCCAGUAUGGUUUGGCCUAAACCAUGCCCAUCGUGUGGGGCAGGGAGGGAUGGGGAAGAAUUUGAUUCCAUUUGCAUUUAUGGACAAAUGAUCAAAUUCACACUUUCCAGGGGUGGGGGGAAGAACCAAAACAAAAGCAUCUUUCAAAAUUUGCAGUUAUCCAAAUCUUGAGAUGCAGUUCUCCAAUGAAACAAAAUGGUGUUUGUUAAGAGAAAUUUGCACUAAAAUGCUGGUCAAUUUUCUGGAGGAUUUAAAUAAAUAAUUUGCAAAUUGCUGCAGAAAUGUGGACAACUGAUUUUAAGAUUGGAGAGAUGAGAAACUGAGAGAACCAAAACUGACGGAUCCUUCCAUCCCUAGGGACAAGUAAACCUAGGUUAAAAUUAGGGUUAAAAUUAAGCAGGAAGAAUCAGAAGCAGAUUUUUGGUGUGCUCCUGAUAUUUCCUUCUUAGCUGCUGGUCGAAUUUAACACUUCUUGAAUCUGACACCUUAUAAGGCACCAAGUCAAUUGAAUGGAAGCUCUCUCGGCUCCAAUGGAUAAUUUAUCCUCAACACUGUCGUUGUUGUUUUUCAGGGAAUUAUACCUUGAAAAUUGAUAUGUCUGAUUUUAUGGAUGAACAGCGUUUUGCACAGUAUGAAAAUUUCAGAGUUGGAGACGAACAGGUAAUAAAAUGCACUUCGUUAACUGACACCUUGGCACUUCUAAUAGAAAUUAGGAUUAUAAAUACAGUGGUACCUCGGGUUAAGUACUUAAUUCGUUCCAGAGGUCCGUUCUUAACUUGAAACUGUUCUUAACCUGAAGCACCACUUUAGCUAAUGGGGCCUCCUGCUGCUGCCGCGCUGCCGGAGCACAAUUUCUGUUCUCAUCCUGAAGCAAAGUUCUUAACCUGAGGUACUAUUUCUGGGUUAGCGGAGUCUGUAACCUGAAGCGUAUGUAACCUGAAGCAUAUGUAACCCAAGGUACCACUGUACAUAUGGGGGGGCAAAUGUUGCAUCUUAGAAAUAUGAAACACUUUCUAAUCUAUCUUAACUUUUUCUCCUUCACCUUAAACACCUGCUUGCCUUUUAUAUUACCCCCACAGCAUGUUAAGUGAAACUGUAUGAGAUAUUUCUGCUUGUAAUAAUUACGACUGGGUUGCGCGCAUGUUUUUCUGACAAAGUUCUUUGGAUGCCGAGGUUGCACCUUACUGCUUCAGAUUAUUUUUUCUUCCCUCCCUCUAUCAACCAGAGCUCUUACAAGAUGAACUGUGGGCAAUACUCUGGAACAGCAGGAGAUUCCCUCACUGGGGGGUUUCACCCUGAAGUUAAAUGGUGGGCAAACCACCAAGGAAUGAAAUUCAGUACAAAGGACAGAGAUAAUGACAACUACGAAAAGAACUGCGCUGAAGAAGAUAAAGCUGGCUGGUGGUUUAACAGGUUAGUUAACUCCCUCUCGGCCCCUCAUUCUGCUUGCACUUGAAGUAUUUUAUUAUCAUUUCUAUUCUACAUGCAUUUAUUCUAGGGAUGGGGAAUAAAUUUGGUUCAGUUCUCACACAAUGUCAACCUGCCUGAUUUGCACUGCCCAAAUAAUCUGCAAGCCAAAAAAGCAGCUACUCUUCACAAUCCGUACUUCUCCGAGUUUUACUAUGUGGCUAUCUAACCAAACAAUGUCUCCAAAAUUGUAAUGUAUUUAUUUGGGGGUGGGCAGGAGUGUGUUAAAAUGCGCAUGUAACACAAAUAAGUGUUAUAUUAGGGGGAAAUACCAUGACCGUUCUGGGCUACCUUGCAUGAAAUACACCUUUUGCUACUCAGGCCUAUGACCGCAUAACAAAGAAUUUGUAUCACUGCUUUGUAUUUCCCCAACCUGCCUUCUCCUAAUUCUGGGGAAAGGCCAUGUGUCAGAAUGUAGGUGAUGCUAUAAAACAAGCAUGUCCAAGGUGUCAACCGCGAUUGACCAGUCGAUCCUGGAAUGAAUUCUGGUCGAUCGCCAUGCCCCUCCACUGGAGAUGUACCUGAGCAGCCACAAGCUGGUCCUGAACUCCUCUUACAGGAGGGGCUGUUUUGAUGCAUGUGUGCCUCCUUGCACCCACCCCUGCCAUAGCAGGGGGAAGUAGCUGGUGUUGGGAACAGCAGGCAGUGCCUGCCCCACCCAUCUCUGCUGCCCACCCUGCAACCAUUCCUGCCCCCUCAGGAGAAGCAGCCAGCGCCCGCUCACCCUGCACCCAUCCCUGGGUGAUAGAUCACUGCCAGUUUUUAUACUGGAUCGUAGAUCACAGCCUACUUCAGGUUGGACAUACUUGCUAUAAAGCAAGAAGGGGAAAUUUCAAGUGAGGUAUGGGUAUACUAGAUAUCUCAUUUGGACUACUGCAGUGUGCUCUUGGAAAAGUCAAAUGAUGGAAACUUCAGCUGGUUUACAGCGCUGCAGCCAGGCUGUUGACUGAGGCCAAUUAUAGGAAGCACGUGAUUCAGGUUACACCAGCUAUGCUGGCUCUGGUUUGAGUCUGGACACAAUUCCGAGUCCUGGUCCCAAGCUCAAAAUGGCCAGCUCCCCCCCCCCCACUGGAUGGGCAUUGUCAUUCAAAUGGUGUGUGUGCACCACAACAUGUGAUCAAUUAUGUGGGGCGGGGCUUACCUGUGUCUCUCCCCCCCCCCCAUAUUUUAUUCAAGUUGGCACACUUCCUGGUUGCCAUAAAAAAAAAAAUAAUGUGCACUUACCCAGUUUUUAGAAGGCGUUAUUGUUAAACAUUCCAAUAUUGCUUACUACAAUAUUGCUUUACGUUAACUUCUUUCAACACUUGAUUUUAUCAGUAACACAAUGUAUAUUUUACAUAAAUCGUUUAGAGGUCCUGAUGAUUAAGCUGUGUGUGUGUUAUAUUAGCAAUCUUGUCCAUUUUUAUGGAAAGCUGGGUGCAGCUAUAAGGAAAAAUAGUAAUUACCAUAAUAAACAAAAGCUUCCCCUGCUUCUAUCCACUGCCGCCACCUGCACCCUAAAAAAAACCAAAAAACCAGCCUGGGGGGAAAUAUAGCGUUGCACUAAGACAAUUAAUUGUUCCAUCAGUGCAAUCAUUUCUGUUUGCUAGACGGAAUGAUCACCCCUCUGCUGCCAUAGUGCCCUGUUUUUGGGGUUCUCCCAACCCUCCCAAGUGGAUUUGGGGAGGGUGCAGGGUUAGUACAGGAGGAGGAGAAGGGGAAAAGUCCUGUUUCAUUAGUAGGGCUCAAGCUGAUUUCCGCUAGUACAACAACUCCGUUAAAUCUGGCCCAUUGCUUUUUGGGGAAAAGGCUGCUGUGAAAAAGUCGUUGAGGGUGCAAAACAAAUGGGGGGACUCAGCCCUCCUUUCCCGCAUUCCCUUGCUGCCCUUUAAGUUGCCCAAUGCCCGAUUUCAUAUUAAAUGUGCCACAAUCCGAUUCUGACACACACGGACAGGUCUGCCACUGCCACGUCUCAUCUGGCCCCUUGCCAGAUCAGAUGUGGCAUUGGUUUGGAAAUGUAGGGCAGGUUAGCGCUGGAAAUGAGUUAAUAAAUGUUAACGGGGUUAUUUUUUAAUCCCUUUGUCCAGAGAGACUUCGCACGUUUUUAGCAACGUCACGGAGACCUGCACAAAAUCAGUCAGGCGAGGAAGACUCCUGGAUUAGUAGCGGCAUACAUAAGAAAACUUUAAUGGCAGCUGCUGAAAGAAAAGUCAUUAGAUUUAAAAAUAGUAAGCUAAUAUAGUUAUGCAACAACUACAGAAUAAAUGUGCUUGUUCCUUUGGAAAUGAGUUGCCUUUUACCAUUUUAGAGCAAUCUAAAUUCGCUUGGCAAGGGUUGUCCAUCAAAAUUAGCUACAAUGUUUGUCUAUGUCACCCUUUAUUUGCUCUGCGUUUUUGUGGGGAAAUUGCCCAGACCUGUCCCUUACCUAAUAACUCACAGGCCAUGUCACCAGUGACUGCAAGUGUCAUCCAAGCAGUCCUAAGUGGGGCUGAUCCAAAUCUAAAUCUUUUUACUCUCGUCAAUGCUAAAAUAAUAAAAGGGAGGAAAUGAACCUGUGUGUAAAUCCUGUUUGCAGCGAACUCAAAUCUUCCACUGACUUCAGAAGGAAAUUUGUCUGCAUUUUACUGAGCUCUUUGGAGAGUCACGUUUGUUUCUGGUGAAUCACUGCUGAAUAUACCCAACUGAGUCACAUCUUUUGGAGUCACAGAAUAAUGACCAUAAAUAGAUUAUUCCAGCUCUCGCUGUUUACUUUUUAUUGCUAGUUUCAAACCCAAUGGAGGCUUGGAUCCUGGCCUUUUCUUUCCAUGAAUGCAAGAAGUUAACAUUCAUGGAACAUGAAUUUUCCACCUCCUGCUUCUCUGCAGGGUCUGAAAAUCUGCCCUUGGCUUGGGCGGGGCAGUCAUUGGAAGUGGUGCUGGGGGGGUGGGCUGCAAAUGAAGAGAGAGGAAUUGGCAAAAGUCACCCCCACGUGCCAAAUUAAGUAUGCAAUCAAUUCCAGUGCAUUUCCCUGCAAUGAAAAUGUCAAAAAUGAUACAGAAAGUGAUGUAACUACAUAAUAUUACAAACCACCCUGUGCUGUUUGGAUGAAGGAUGGUAUAUAAAUUUAAUAAAUUGUAAAAUAAUAAUAAUAUGUGUGUACUAAAAAGAAGCAGAAGCAAAUUUCUAUUCAUAUUACUUGGGUGAUUUCUAUUCCUGACCUCCGAUGAACAUGUAAAUUGUGGCAAAUUCUGCUCCGGUUUCCAACAUUCCUUGUAGUGGCACAGGAAGGCCCCGCUCUUUCUGAAUUGGAAGACAUCAAAAAAACUAAGAUCAUGGCCACUGGUCCCAUCACCUCCUGGCAAAUAGAAGGGGAAGAAAUGGAGGCAGUGAGAGAUUUUACCUUCUUGGGCGCCAUGAUCACUGCAGAUGGUGACAGCAGUCACAAAAUUAAAAGAUGCCUGCUUCUUGGGAGAAAAGCAAUGACAAACCUAGACAGCAUCUUAAAAAGCAGAGACAAAGGUCCGUAUAGUUAAAUCUAUGGUUUUCCCAGUAGUGAUGUAUGAAAGUGAGAGCUGGACCAUAAAGAAGGCUGAUCGCCAAAGAAUUGAUGCUUUUGAAUUAUGGUGCUGGAGGAGACUCUUGAGAGUCCCAUGGACUGCAAGAAGAUCAAACCUAUCCAUUCUUAAGGAAAUCAGCCCUGAGUGCUCACUGGAAGGACAGAUCCUGAAGCUGAGACUCCAGUACUUUGCCACCUCAUGAGAAGAGAAGACUCCCUGGAAAAGACCCUGAUGUUGGGAAAGAUGGAGGGCACAAGGAGAAGGGGACGACAGAGGAUGAGAUGGUUGGACAGUGUUCUCAAAGCUACCAGCAUGAGUUUGACCAAACUGCGGGAGGCAGUGGAAGACAGGAGUGCCUGGUGUGCUCUGGUCCAUGGGGUCACGAAGAGUCGGACAUGACUAAACGACAACAACAUUUAAACAACACACAGGAUAAAAUAUAAAGAGAGCUUGUUAUUCCCUCAUCUCUUGGCAAAGUACUGGCAUGGCUACAGCAAGGGCACCUGUUCUGCCCAUCUCAAAGGCAAGGAGAAGCUUUGCAGCCUUGUCUGGUGCAGAGCCGCAAGUUCACUCUAUUUCAGUAUAGAGGCUCAUAGAAUCAGGCUCAUCUGCAAAACACUCUAACAAAUCAGUCCGAUUCAGAGUCAAUGUGAUGGUAUCAACUGCUAGGGCAGAAGAAUAACGGUAAGCACAUAGGGGAGAGGGGAAUAUCUGUCCUGCUUGAGCACGACAGGCACCCAGCAAAAUUUUUUGCAGUGUUAGAUUUGUCAGCAACAGAGCCUAAUGUAUGCUGUUACUUGGUGGCCUAUAAAUCGAAGAGGUUUUCUACUGGAGCUGAAGGGAGUUGGUGUCUCUUUAAAAACUGAUGGUAUUGGUGUGCGAUGGUGACUUUGUUGUGCAGUGCUGAUGCACUCCGAAAAGGACAGUGCCCAUCUCCAUUCCAACGCUGCCCGCCUGCUGUUUUUUAAAGCCAUGUUCUUUUGUGGUGAACAAUGGAGCAUUCAAUAGAGCAGGAUGCCUGCAAGAACAGAAGCGGCAACCAGCAGGGAGAGGACAGCACUGACAUUAUAGCACUGACAGGACACCCUGGUCACGUACGAACAACAAAAGGCGACGCAGAUCUCUGGGCUGGUUUGCAGAAGGUGGCCCACCUGGGCGGGGAAAAUACUCCUUUACUUGGAGGUGGAGGGGUGAGUGGAGGUUUUUCCCUUUUUGUACCUUUAGCAAUAUACCGGUAAUUUGAGUCAGUGCAAAUAUUAACCAUCUCCUGAUUCUUAGGAGAGUUGUUUGGAAAAUUCACCAGAUGUAGUCAGUUCUUCACCUGUUAAUGGUGGCAACGAGCAGCUUCGCCCUCCUCUGUUUGAAGGUGGGCCACCUCCAGCGCCCUUCGUUGGCAGAUGGCAGUCCCGUCAGCAGGCGGAGUGUGUCGCCUACAGGCCUCACCCGCUCACGCUCUUUUGCCGGGACUUCAGCACCACCUCUCUGGAUUGCCCGGGAGAACAGGAAGCAGGCAGCGGAAGAAGCGCCAGGCAUUUUUAGGAAAUUUCUGGAUCCCCUCCUUUGGCUUUGCAACAUUGAGCAGGGAUACAAUGUACGGUACUUCCUGCACUUUCCUCUCCUGGCCAAUAGAGAGGGAUCCUGCAAGGGGGUAGUGGAGUGGGCAAAUGUGCAUUGCACCCCCUUACAGCUCCUUGCAAGAAGCAAGCUCUUUCUCCAUGCAAAACCCCACCCAUCUAAUGACAGGCAUUUUGCUUGUGGCAAGAUUGUGCUGCUCAAAAUGAGAAAUCCUGUCCUGCUCUGGAGCAGGCUGUCUGAUGAGAUAUUCUUUUCCCUCUCCCAGCCUCUGAGCGGCUGAAUACUACUGACAAAGCAUUUACUAUUGUUACGUUCACAUUCAGAAGCUGUAGACUGGCUGACUCACGGCAAUGUGCCGCAGAAGGCCCUGUUCCGACCUCCUGCUGGAUGUUUGGGGGUGGGGAGAUGGAUCAGAGCUGUUUUAUUUCUUACGAAGACAAAUAAAGCCCUGUAGCAUCAUGGAGAGUUUUGAAGACAGUUUGCAGAGAGGGCUUCCGAGGGUUAGGGCUGGAGAGGGAGGAUUUCUGCAUAGCCAAUUAAAAGGUAGCUUGGAGAACCUAAGCUGUUGGCCGAUGGCCAGUCUGCCUAUAUUUAACUUGCACUGAGAUUUCCUAGCAAAUAGACAUCAGUUGCCUAAUAGCCAGGCUAUGGGUAAUUACUUUUGUUCUAUCAUGUAAACCCCAAGUGCUGGCAGGAAAUGCAUUCACAAAAUUACUCCAAAGCCACUAAUGAAGGGAAGGCGCAUAACUGCACUCCUUUCAUGUGGUUGUUCCCAUGUGCAAUCAUCACAGGUUCGGAAGCAUUCUCAGAUGGUGGCGAUUAGCAGGCAAAGUGGCAGGAACAAGGAACAAAAAAGACUUUUGUUUAAGGCAUCUGUUCUCAAACCCUAUCUCAGAAAACUUUAGAGUAGCAAACAAGAGCGGGUGAUAGAGAUCAUAUAUCCUUCAUGAUGGACAAUUACUACAUUUUUGUAAGAUACACACACCUAGUAACUGAUCCCACACCAUGUGACAAGGCAACAACACCCAGAUUGGAACUGUGGGAAUUUUAAUGCAGCCAGGUAGAAGGACUACAGCUGCAUACAAGCAGGAAGGAAGGAAAGGCACCAGUGCAAUAAGCACAGAUAGAAGAGAUUUCAGUAGCAAACUGAAAAUAAUUUGUUGGUCCAGUGCAUUUCAAGUCUUGCAACUCCUCUUCAAGGGCAACUGAUUUAAUCCUUUCAAAGGAUAAUUAAAGAGUGUUGGACACUAUCUCAGAGUGACAGUUAUCCUUCAGAUGAAUUUAAAACCAGUUGCCCUUGAAGAGCCACAAAGCCUACAAUUUAUUUGGCUAAUAAAUCAUUUUCAUGGCACCUUUGAGGUCUCCUCCUGAUUCUUUUUUCAGUAAUGCACACCCACACCCCGUACUGAAUUGCUGUCUGAUGUGUACUUAUCUCAUGGAGACAUUGGGAUACUGCUGUAUAUAUAAUUAUAGUAUUUUACCAUGGUGGUUAAUCCGAACCUGGCUACUGCAGGAUAUUAAGGAUGAUACUGGAGAGGGGGACUGAAGGAACUAACAGAGCAAUAAGUCAUGGCUUAGGGUCACAAUAAUAUUGCCAGGUUAAAUCAUGGUGCACACAAAGUACAGUAAUGAACAGUUGCAGCUUCAAAACAUUCCCUACAGUGGCUGUAACAGUGAGAAGUGGUAAUCUGUGACCUCUGCCCUUAUGGUAGGCAAUGUCUUAAGCAAUGUCUUAAGCACACUAUUACACGUACACAUAGGCUGGGUAUACAUUUCCAUUUAUUCUGGCUCCAGGGUGCUCUCACCCCUGCUGUCCAAAGCUAUGUACGCAAGAUGUUAGCUGCAAUCCAAAGAAAUACUGUGUCUUGAUGUUAUUUCCCCUCAGACCAGCUUCUAUCCGAUCUGAAAACGUAAGCAACAUUUGCUUUGCAUGUUGUGUGUACAUUUGAGACAGUUGUUGUGCAUGCAUUUGCUACGUGAAAGCACCGCAGGGCAUAGAUGGUUCUGUGUGAAUCUAAAGGAUAUCCUUUAUUUCUCUCUUUUUCUGCCAGAUGUCACUCUGCCAACCUGAACGGCCUGUACUACGAUGGACCCUACUCAGCAGCAACAGACAAUGGAAUUGUGUGGUACACGUGGCACGGUUGGUGGUAUUCUUUGAAAUCGGUUGUCAUGAAAGUCCGGCCGUCAGACUUCAGCCCUAAUGAGGUUUAA